AUGCAGUUACCUCACAAAACCACAAUCCAAUCUUUGGUAAAGUUGCUUUUAUUCUCUUCUUCAUUUGGUGCCAUUUACAUCCUCGUAUCAGUGCUACUUUUAGCCACAUCAUCAAAGUUAACAAAUGUGCGUUCUUCAUCACAAAAUGUGAAUGAACCUACCCCUACCACACUUGAUCAUCUCGUGUUUGGAAUUGCCUCAAGUGGGUCUUCAUGGCCUAAGAGGAAAGAAUAUAUAAAACUAUGGUGGAGCAAAAAACCUAAUACAACAAUGAGGGGAUGUGUAUUCGUGGAUAAGCUUCCAAACCCACCUGAAGAAAAUGCUAAUAAUUAUGAGGAUUCACUCUUUCCUUUGUGUGUCUCUGAAGAUACUUCUCGGUUUCGCUACACUAGCAAGACUGGCAUGCGAUCAGCGCUUCGAGUGGCACGUGUUGUGAAAGAGAUAGUGGCAAUGAACCAUUCUGAUGUUAGGUGGUAUGUGUUUGGGGAUGAUGACACGGUUUUCUUCCCUCAGAAUGUGGUCAAAACUCUUUCCAAAUAUGAUCAUGAUCUUUGGUACUACAUUGGUGCCAACUCCGAGAGUUUUAAGCAGAACUGGUUUUGUGGCUUUGGAAUGGGGUAUGGUGGGGCAGGUUUUGCUAUCAGUUCCUCUCUAGCAAGAGUCUUGGCCAAGGCUUUUGAUUCGUGUAUACAGAGGUAUCCAUAUUUGUAUGGAAGUGAUGCCAGGGUGUACUCUUGUAUAGCUGAACUAGGCAUAGGAUUAACACGAGAACCCGGCUUUCACCAGGUUGAUUUACGAGGAAAUAUCUUUGGUUUAUUGGCUGCACAUCCAGUGACACCCUUGUUGUCCUUGCAUCACCCGGAACUCACUGAUCCAAUUUUUCCGAACAUGACAAAUUUAAAGGCAUUGCAACAUUUAUUUGAAGCAGUUAAUGUUGAUUCUCAGAGGAUCCUACAACAAACCGUUUGUUAUGACAAACGAUUUUCAUGGACAAUCUCAGUGUCUUGGGGUUAUGCUGUUCAGGUAUACCACGGUCACAUGUCUUUGCCUGAUGUUCUUAAAGUUCAACAAACAUUCGAGCGCUUUACAAAAGGAACUCCCUUAGCUGACCUAUAUAGUUUCAACAUACGAGGAUUUCAUCCUGACCCGUGUAAAAGGCCCACUAUUUUCUAUCUAGACAAUUUGUCCCAUGGUAAAGAUGGCAUCAUAAUAAGCAGUUACAAGAAAUCUUUUCAAAAUUGCUCAUCCAACAUAGCAUCACCAGAAGUUAUUAAAGUGGCCACAAGUAAGCUAGACCUUAACAUCAAACAGACUCAAAGAAGACAUUGUUGUGAUGUAUUGCCCUCUAGCGUUCCUGAACUAAUGGAGAUUGCAAUAAGAGAAUGCAAAGAAGAUGAAUUGAUUUACAUGCACUGA